GGUCUGUCCGUUCUGGGAGCCUGAGUGCGGCUGCUGAGGAUGGCUGCAUGGACGUUGGUGGUGUGUGUGCUGAGUUUGCUGCUGUGCCAGGUGUGGAGCUCUGCAGAAAGUCAGCACAUUAAGGAUGAUGAGCUGCAUCCGCGGACCUUUUAUCCGUGGAAGAGUCGAGGGAAGGGGGUGUUGAGAGUGAAGAGGGACUGGAUCAUCCCUCCAAUAAGAGUGUCAGAGAACAGCAAGCAGGUUCCUGAAGACCUGGUGCAGAUCAAAUCGGACAAAAUAUUCAAAGGUGAGGUGAUUUACAAGUUAGAAGGGCCAGGGGUGGACCAGGACCCCAAGAAUCUGUUUGAAAUUGACGAUAAGACCGGAGUCAUCAGAAGCAAACGGCCACUGGACAGAGAGAAAUACAGCAGCUUCACGCUUAAAGCCUUUGCACUUUCCCCAAGUGGAGAGAGACUGGAGAACCCCACCACCAUCGAGAUCGUGGUCCUGGAUCAGAAUGACAACAGGCCCGCCUUCACUCGGAGCCAGUUUGUUGGCACUGUGGCUGAAUUCUCGAUCCCAGGUACGUCAGUGAUGUCGGUGUCAGCCACAGAUGCGGACGAUCCAGAGACGGAAAACGCCGCUCUGAGCUACUCCAUCAUCGGCCAGGAGAGUUUUCCCCCCAACGCCGUCACGAAGACAAUGUUUGGCAUCAACAACCACACCGGUGCCAUCUACACCAGAGACGUGGGGCUGGACCGAGAGGUGGUGAAGGGCUUCAGGCUGAAGCUGCUGGUUGCUGAUAUGGGAGGAAUGGGACUGACCAGCGAAGGCGAGGCGGUCAUACAUGUGUCUGACAUUAACAACCACGCACCGCAGUUCAGCCCUGCACUGUACAGCAUGAUAGCAGAGGAGAACCGCGUCGACUUUGAGAUCGGUCGAGUGAACGCGACGGACAAAGACGAUCCGGGAACAAGAAACUGGGAGGCCAAGUACUCCAUUUCCAAGGACCCUGAGGGCUUCUUCAGCAUCAGGACAGACCCUGCGUCCAACCAGGGGGUUCUGACUGUGGUGAAGUCGCUGGAUUAUGAAGCACAGAAAGAACACAUCCUGAUUCUGACUGUGGAAAAUGUCAAUCCUCUGAGCAACAAGGCUCCCAACCUGCCGCUGAGCUCCGCCACUGUCAUGAUCACUGUUGUGAAUGAGAACGAAGCUCCGUACUUCAGAGAAAACACCAUCCAGAUCGUGGUCCCGGAGUCUGCUCUCCCUGGAACUUUACUGAAAAGCAACAUCGCCUCUGACCCUGACAAUUCUGAUCUGUGGUAUGAGAUCAGCAGGGAUCCUGAGAGGUGGCUGGACAUCAACAGAGAAACAGGAGACAUCAAACUGAGGAGAAACAUCAACAUGCGGUCUCCACACGUUAAAAACAACAUCUAUAAUGCAGCCGUCAAAGUUACAGACGCUGACGGCGUGUCAGCCACUGGCUCGGUGGUGAUCACACUGCAGGAGACCAAUGACUUCCCCCCCCAGCUCGUCCCGCUCACCGGCUCCGUCUGCAGGAGCGCCAGCAGCACCGGCUCUGGUCUGGUUCUGACUGCCGUGGAUGAAGAUCUGCCUCCGCAGGCUGCACCGUUCUUCUUUGAAAUACCGGAGGAUCUGUCGGUCAACUGGACUGUUGUCCAGAUCAACGGCACUCACACGUUGCUGCAGCCCCUCGUGGAGCUGGACGCUGCAGAGUAUGUGGUCACUGUGCUGGUGACGGACUCCGGCAGCCCAGCUUUGGGCGCUUACUCUCAGGUCAACGUCACUGUGUGUCUCUGCGACUCGUUCGGAGACUGCAAGUCGGAGGCGGGUGCGAUUCUGGGCUCCACUGUGGGAAUCAGCUUCAUCGCCCUCAUCAUCAUCAUGGCCUGUGUCGCUCUCUUGCUCUUGCUGCUCCUCCUGGCUGUGGCCAUGACCACCUGCGGACGGCGCCAUCACAUCAAGAAAGGAACCGGCCUGCUGGUCGGGGAAUCAGAAGACGACAUACGCGAUAACGUCUUCAACUAUGACGAGCAGGGCGGCGGCGAGGAGGAUGAGAACGCCUUCAACAUCGACUUAUUGUGGAAUCCCCAUGAUGCACCGUCCACCCCGGGGUCUUUUUACCCAGGAACCGGCAUCCCUCGAGGCAAGCAGCCCCUCAGGAAGGACGCGCCGCAUAACCUCCCCUCGCCAGCCUACCCCCGGCGACCUCCCGCUGACCCCACCGACAUCGAGGACUACAUCAAUGACGGCCUGGAGGCGGCAGACAACGACCCCAACGUGCCGCCGUACGACACGGCCCUGAUCUACGACUACGAGGGCGACGGCUCCCUCGCCGGCAGCCUCAGCUCCAUCGCCUCAGGCAGCUCCGAUGGCGAUCAGGACUACGACUACCUCAACGACUGGGGACCGCGGUUUAAGAAACUGGCCAACAUGUACGACCCACGUUAGGGCCGAGAGGAG